CCCUGUCUUCUCAGCUUCUUCUUCUAUCUAAUAUCUUUCUAUUUCUUUCACUGUCAGUGUCUUCUUUUUUUCCCCCUCGUUUCAGGGAGAAAGAAGCUCAUACCUAACGCAACGACGUCGUUUUGCGACUUCGAAGCUCUGUGAAUCGUUCCACGUUCUCUCUUCAGAAACUGAGGUUCCGUUUUCAGUUAUAUUUAUAUAUCUCGGAACGUUGUUAAUCGAAACCAGUGUUAGCGGUUGAGGCGCAGGGUUAGGUUUCUCUCUCUCACUCUCUUCUGCGCGAAGCUUUUCCGGAAUGCAUCUUAGCGAGCGGUUAUCGAGCGCUCCGAUCGAGGAAUCGCCGGCGGUUUGAUGGAAUCGGCGCCGUUUGCGUUCCGGUGUUCGCCAUUCCAUGGAGUCCAUGGUUCGGUGCUAUAGUUCGUGCGCGUUAUUCGGAUUUCGUUGCAACCUUCGAUUCGCCGUUGUUGUUUUCGAGAUUGUAUUGAUAUUGGCAUGGUUGGAAGUCUAUAAUGCAAAGCUCCCAGAACACGGAUUUCAUGGGGGAGGUUUGGAAGGGAGGAGUGAGAACAUUGCCUCACACUCUUGCAUACAUGACCAGAUACUUGAACAGAGAAAACGACCUGGUCGAAAGGUGUAUUCCGUUACCCCACAGGUUUACAAGCCUGGUCUUUCGAAACGCCUCCAGCUUAAAGGUAGAGCGUUGCUUGGUAUAUCAACAUCAUCAGAGCUUCUAGGGAUUGAAAAGCAACCUAUUAGGAUAUAUCUAAAUUAUGAUGCAGUUGGUCACUCCCCUGACAGGGAUUGCCAAAAGAUCGGUGAUAUUGUCAAGCUUGGGGAGCCUCCCAUAACUUCUCUUCCUGGUUUGCCUUCCUGUAAUCCUCUUGCUGAUCCUCCAGUCUCUGGCGAUUGUUGGUAUAACUGCACUUCUGAAGAUAUCUCAGGAGAGGACAAAAAACAUCGCCUUCGUAAGGCAUUAGGUCAGUCAGCUGACUGGUUUAGAAGGGUAUUGUCUGUGGAGCCUGUGAAGGGGAACUUGCGAUUAAGUGGAUACUCUGCAUGUGGACAAGAUGGAGGUGUGCAGCUCCCUCAUGCCUAUGUUGAAGAGGGAGUCUCUGAUGCCGACUUAGUUCUCUUGGUGACUACAAGACCUACUACUGGGAAUACACUUGCUUGGGCUGUGGCAUGUGAACGGGACCAAUGGGGUCGUGCUAUAGCUGGACAUGUUAAUGUUGCUCCACGUCAUUUGACAGCUGAGGCAGAGACUUUGCUAUCAGCUACUUUGAUACAUGAGGUUAUGCAUGUUCUUGGUUUCGAUCCACAUGCCUUUACUCAUUUUAGAGAUGAAAGGAAAAGACGCCUUGACAAGGUUACUGAACAAGUUAUGGAUGAAAAGAUUGGGCGGAUGGUGACACGAGUGGUACUUCCACGUGUUGUCAUGCAUUCUCGGCAUCAUUAUGCGGCAUUUUCAGGAAAUUUUACUGGCUUAGAGCUGGAAGAUGGUGGAGGACGUGGCACAUCAGGGUCUCACUGGGAAAAGAGGCUUCUGAUGAAUGAGAUCAUGACUGGUUCUGUGGAUACAAGAUCUGUAGUUUCAAAAAUGACACUAGCUCUAUUAGAAGACAGCGGAUGGUACAAAGCCAAUUAUAGUAUGGCAGACCAACUUGAUUGGGGUCGGAACCAGGGUACUGAGUUUGUUACCUCCCCUUGCAAUCUAUGGAAAGGGGCCUAUCAUUGCAACACAACACAAUUCUCAGGUUGUACUUAUAACAGAGAGGCAGAGGGUUACUGUCCAAUUCUAACCUACAGUGGAGAUCUUCCUCAGUGGGCUCGGUAUUUUCCUCAAGCUAAUAAAGGUGGACAAUCCUCAUUGGCUGAUUAUUGCACUUAUUUUGUGGCAUACUCUGAUGGAUCAUGUACAGACACUAGCAGUGCACGAGCACCUGAUAGCAUGCUAGGUGAAAUUCGAGGAAGUAACUCCAGGUGCAUGGCCUCAUCGUUGGUGCGCACAGGAUUUGUCCGGGGUUCUCUGACCCAGGGAAAUGGCUGUUAUCAGCACAGGUGUAUCAACAAUUUUCUAGAGGUUGCUGUGGAUGGUGUCUGGAAAGUGUGUCCUCAGGCUGGUGGACCCAUUCAGUUCCCUGGCUUUAAUGGGGAAUUAAUCUGCCCUGCAUAUCAUGAGCUCUGUAACACGGAUCCAGUGGUUGUGUCUGGGCAAUGUCCCAGUGCAUGUAAUUUCAAUGGAGAUUGUGUUGAUGGAAGGUGUCACUGCUUUCUUGGAUUUCAUGGUCAUGAUUGCAGUAGACGUUACUGUCCCAGCAAUUGCACUGGCAAGGGGGUGUGCCUCACCAGUGGAAUAUGUGAAUGUAAAACUGGCUAUACUGGCAUUGACUGUUCCACUGCUGUUUGUGAUGAGCAGUGCAGUCUUCAUGGUGGAGUUUGUGAUAAUGGAGUUUGUGAAUUCCGUUGUUCUGACUAUGCGGGAUAUACUUGCCAGAACAGCUCCAGGCUCCUCUCCAGUCUUUCAAUUUGCAGAAAUGUGCUGGGAAAUGAUAUUUCCGGACAACAUUGUGCACCCAGUGAACCUAGCAUACUUCAGCAGCUAGAAGAAGUGGUUGUGAUGCCCAACUACCAUAGAUUAUUCCCUGGUGGUGCUAGGAAACUAUUUAAUAUAUUUGGCAGUACGUACUGUGAUGAGGCUGCCAAAAGGCUUGCCUGCUGGAUCUCAAUCCAAAAGUGUGAGAAGGAUGGAGACAACAGGCUACGAGUAUGUCAUUCUGCAUGUCAGGCUUAUAAUCUAGCAUGUGGAGCUUCACUGGACUGCGGUGACCAAACCCUUUUCAGCAGCGAGGGGGAGGGGGAGGGUCAGUGCACUGGCUCUGGUGAGAUGAAAUUGUCAUGGUUUAAUCGACUAAAAAAUAGUUUUUCUUUGAGAAAUAGUUCCUCAAAAGUGAUAUCUAUAACAAGAUAUAGGCAGCUUUAGCUUCGAUUGUUUUCUCUCUCUCCAGGGAGAGGGGUGCUUGGAUUGUAACUUCACAUGGUUAUUUUAGGAGAAAUAGGGGGCAUGGAACGUCUUAGAUUUAGGGCCUAACUCGUCCAAAAUUGUCUAGAAAAAUGGGAUGAGAAGGCUAAAGAUUUGGCUUUCGAAGAGAGCCGCUUGUAGAGAAAAUUUAUAGUCUUUGGAAUUGCAUAGGUGAUGAGAGAAAAGCUGAAGUUUACAUUAACUGACUUUUGGCCGAAGGCCUUCGGAGGGGAAAGAAAAAUAUUACCCUUCAUUUGUUUUGCUGUAUGUAUAGUUUACAAAGUCUUCUUCAUUUUACCCUUUUAAUAUGUUUUUUUUUUCUAGUAUGGCCA